AUGGAUUUCACUCUGGAAACGAACCUAUUGGGCCACAAAUUAAUGUCUGAUAUCCUGCUUGACUCUACUUCGGUAAUGCUGAAUGCUACUACUAGUGGUGGGGGAAGCAGUUUUGAUACAACACCGAAUAUAGCCAACAUUUGGCUGGCCGCCAGUAUGAACCAGUCCCAUUCAUUGGCUAGCUCUAAUUUCACCUUGAAUACUCCAUCAUUUAUUUUAAGUCAAGAGCAAAGUUACAAUUCACCAUUCACGAGAAAUAGUUCAAUUUCAAGAAAAGGUUCUAUGAACGUUAAUGCGCCGAGCUAUGUCCCUGUAGGGUCAUCUACAGGGAACUACAUGGCUGAUAGCACUUUUAACAAUGGCAGUAUCGAUAAUAAGAAUUACACCUACCAGCAUCCGCAACCACAAAACAAUCAUCUUAUUCAAUAUCUGAGAAUGCAGUUAGACAAUUUCCCUACCUCCAGGCAACAAGAGAACAUGGAUUCGAUGCCAAAAGUUAUGAAAAUAGACAAUGUAAGUGGAAGUGAUGAGCAUGAAAUGCUCAAACAGCAUGCGCAGACACUUCAACUUGACUUGGAUUUACGCAAUCAAAUGAUCGAGAGCCUCGUCGAACAAAUUUCCGCUUCGAGUACAGACCGGGUUGAAGAUUCGAGGGAUGGGUCGAUCAGAAUUCCUAACAACUACUUACAGUUAUUUGAAACAUUGAAUAAGAAAUACAAAGAAAAGAGUGAGGAACUUGAACAAACAAAAGAAAGACUUGAAUCAAUCGUCACUGCAAUUUCAAUGAACUCGCAGAGAGCUAGAACGUUCAACGGAUAUUAUGAUGAGGAGGAAAUCAGUCACAAGAUUAUCAGUAAGUUGUCAGCGUUGGACACAGAGAACGAAAAUUUGUUGAAAAUAAUCUCCAGCAGUAACAAAUCAAGUUUAAUUAUCGAAAUCGGAUUAUUAAGGGACGAGAACAACAAACUAAAGGGAAUUAUCUCAGAAAAUACCAAGUAA